GCGUAGACGAAGAAAUGCGUGGACGAAAAAAUGCUUGACGAAGAAAUGCGCGUACGAAGAAAUGCGGAUACGAAAAAAUGCGCUACGAAUAUUUGCGCUUACGAAGAAAUGCGAGACGAAGUUAUGCGACACGAAUAAAUGCGCCGACGAAGAUUUGCGGACGAAGAAAUGCGGACGAGGAAUUGCGCGACGAAGAAUUGCCAUACGAAGAUUUGUCCGGUUACGGCCCCAAACACCUCGUCGAGCUGGCUGCCACGUUUUGCAGACUGGAUUGAUGGCAGUGCUAGGGAUUUCCAGUGCUUAAAAAUUGUGCAAGAAACUUAAAACAAUCAUGCUGAAGGCAGUCAUCCUCAUUGGUGGACCACAAAAAGGCACCCGGUUCCGGCCGCUGUCGCUGCAAGUGCCCAAGCCGCUGUUCCCCGUGGCCGGCCGGCCGGUGAUCCAGCACCACAUCGAGGCGUGCGCGGCCGUGGCCGGGCUGCGCGAGGUGCUCAUCCUGGGCGCCUACCCUGCGCAGGAGCUGCAGCAGUUCGCUGCCGAGAUGGCCGCCCGGUACGGCGUGGCCGUGCGCUACCUGCAGGAGUACGCGGCGCUGGGCACCGCCGGCGGCCUCUACCAGUUCCGCGACCAGAUCCGCGCCGGCGGCCCGGACGCCUUCUUCGUGCUGAACGGGGACGUGUGUGGGGACUUCCGACUGGACCGGCUGCUGGCGUUCCACCGCGAGCGGCCAGCCGACGCGCUGCUCACCGUCAUGGCCACCGAGGCCACGCGCCAGCAGUCGGUCAACUUUGGCUGUAUCGCCGAGGACCGCGCCACCCACGCGGUGCUGCAUUACGCCGAGAAGCCCGAGACGUUCGUGUCGACGCUAAUUAACACGGGGAUCUACAUAUGCAGCAGCGAUAUUUUCCAGCAGAUCGGCACCGUGUUCAAACGGAAACAGGAGGAAAUUUACAGCGCCGAUUUCGAGGAGGGCCCUCCGUCGGAGACCAUCAGUCUGGAGGUGGACAUCCUGGCGCCGCUGGCCGGCUCCGGGAGGGUGUUUGUCUACCAGACGUCGCGCUGGUGGAGUCAGAUAAAGACGGCCUCGGCGGCGCUCUACAGUAACCGACACUACCUGAAACUCUACCGGGAGAACGGGGCCCCGCUGGCAGAGGACGGUAAGCCGUGCACCAUCAUUGGUGACGUGUGGAUCCACCCGACAGCCACCAUCCACCCGACUGCCGUGCUGGGCCCCAACGUCAGUGUCGGCCGGAACGCCGAGGUGGGCGAGGGGGUGCGCGUGCGAGAGUCGAUCGUGCUCGGCGGCGCGCGCAUCCGCGAACACUCCCUGGUCCUGCACUCUAUCCUCGGCUGGGACAGCGUGGUCGGGGCCUGGUCACGCAUCGAGGGCACCCCGUGCGACCCGGACCCGAACAAGCCGUUCGCCAAGAUGGAUAAUGUGCCGCUGUUCAACGGGGACGGCAAAUUGAACCCCUCCAUCACCAUACUCGGGUGUAACGUGAACGUUGCCUCUGAGAAGAUCGUCCUCAACUGCAUCAUCCUGCCGCACAAGGACCUGGUGCGCAGCUACAAGAACGAGAUCCUCCUCUAGCCGCCACGCGGACCUGUCGGCGGCUCGAGGCUCCGAGGGGGACCCGGCUCCGAGGGAAACCCGUUAGUGUUGGUGGGGAACAGGGUGUGAUACGAACUGCUACAAUACAGCCGGUGCCGCGGCCUCAUGAGCGACUAGUGAACGAAUGGGAUGUUGGUGCCGGCAAGGCAAAAACUGAUUGUGGCGAGGUUGUGAUGCUGAUUCGCGAUUUAGUUUUUUCAUAAGACAAAGGCUCACAAUCACCACAGACAGGACGUAAAAGACAUGCCGCGUGCCAUUGGAUGGGUGGUGGUGCGACGCGGUAGCUGUUCUGGCCGCAAUUUUCGCGGCGUGAAUGGGCAUCUAGGUUUCCCGGCGUUGUUUUAACGCUGAACGGAAUAAAGUAGUACGAUGAGAGACUGCCUGUCUCAGUCUGUGCAUCUAUAGUGUUUCCUGAAUUUACCUGUGGUCAGUAAAGUUUGUUGGUUUCUAGCCGUCCAGUCGGCUCUUGAAUUUCUUCGUACUAAGAGAAGUGGUAUACUGUGAGGAGUCAACCCUAAGCCGUGAUCUGUCCUGAGCUCCAUAGAGUAAUGUGUCGACCGAGUCAGUUGGACUUGGAGUCGGAGCAGGGGGUAAACGAUGCAUGAAUUUACGGGAGACUUCGGGAUUUGAGUUUGUUCGAUGGCCUGAGAUCAAGUGGCUGGACGUCCUUUUUGUAGACACGGAGUUGAUAGUGAGGGUUGUAAGCCGUGUGGCGCACAGUGUGGCGAAGUAUGCCGUCCAUCCGGGGGUGGGGAACAGUGGUGACCCUAGGGAGAGGGGAAGCUGCAGAGGGUUAUGCGGGACAAGUGUGGAACUAUGGCUGCUGUUUCUCGGUGUUAAGUGCUGGUGCUUGGUGGCUGGUGGCUCCUCAGUGCUCUCAUUUUACCUAUAUAUUUCGCCGGCGGUUUGGCCGGCUGUAUCAUCGUCAUUCAUCUCACAGUGCAAUGAUGAGUUGUGCCUGAAUACAGAGUGUGCUGGUAAGAUA